GAGGAAUGGGAAGAAUGGUUCCUUGCCGACUUGAAGCAAAGUCUUCAGCCGUCAAAGCCCGGCUCGCAAGUGCAAAUUGUCACGGAAUCCGGUCGGGAGCUCUUCGACUGGCAACCUCUGAAGGACUUCUAUCAGGAGGCAGGCUCCGACGUGGUGUUGAUGGCCAUAGUGCGCGACGAAGAGACGGCCCAGUGGAUCAGCAAGGUAGAUGAGGACCCGGCUGACUUGCAGUCGGCGCCGACAAAAAUGAAAGAUGUCCUGGCGGUUGUGAUGACGGCUGUCCACGCGGAUGGUGGAUGCCUUGCAUUUGCCUCCGAGCGCCUUCGGGAUGACACGGACGUCGUCUUGGCGGCCUCGCGUUCCGAUCCCUCGGCCUUGAAAUUCGCCUCGGAGCGGCUCCGCGACGACCCCGAGGUUGUUCUCCCUGCUGUGGGCGUGGACCACGAUGCAAGAGCCCUGCAGUGGGCUGGCAAGAGGUGGCGCGAGGACAAGGCUUUUGCCUUGCGCGCCGUGGCCAAGAAUGGCCAGGCGAUCCGGCGCCUUUCGCCACACUUGGCUGCUGACAGGGAGGUGGUCUUGGCGGCUGUCUCUCAAGACGGCAGAGCCUUGGAUUGCCUGUCAGCGGAACUGCAGGAUGAUGAAGAGGUCGUUCUGGCGGCCCUGUCGGAGACCUGCGAUGCCAUCGUAUCGGCUUCCCAGCGAUUACAGGCCGACAGGGAGUUCCUGCUCCUGGCUGUAAAGCUGGGCUCGGGCAUACUCGACCUGGUGUCCCAAGAAUUCCAGGAGAGAGAUCUGCAGAAUUGUUGUGAAAGUUUUGGGCGAGGACGGCUAAGCUGUUGGGAAGUUUAUGAUGGGUGUUCGGAAGGGGAGUUUAGAGGUUUUUCGGACUGA